CAACAUCUCUUUUGGUGAUGAGCAACCCACUAUUAGGAUCAAUUACGAAAGUGUGAAGUUGAAUCUGAAUCCUCUAUAAGCAACAUUUUUAAUUCAUCAACAAGUGUGCGGUAGAAAAGAAGAAAAACGAUGGAAAACAUGAUGAAGUUCAUAGUGGCGAAGUUUGUUUUGGUACUACUUGUGUCAACAACUAGAGCUCACACAGUUUUUGACGUUACAGCAGAAGGUGCAAAACCUGAAGGUGAUGCCAGCCAGGCUUUAAUGGCUGCAUGGGGCAAAGCAUGUGCGUGCACUGAACCUAGCAAAAUUCUUAUUCCAAAAGGACUAUUCUUAUUAAGUCCAGUGACUUUGCAAGGUCCAUGCAAGUGUGCUGUUGAGCUUGAGGUUCAAGGCACCCUUAAAGCCUCGUCCAAUAACAAAGCUGGGAAGGAAGGUGGCUGGGUCACUUUCCAGCGUAUCGAUCAAUUCACAUUGACAGGAGAAGGAAUUUUUGAUGGACAAGGAGAAAAAGCUUGGGGUGCUUGUGGCACAAAUUUUUGCGACAAACUUCCCAUAAAUAUAAGGUUCGACUUCCUCAACAACAGUCUUGUUCAGGGUAUAACAUCAUUGAACAGCAAACAGUUUCAUAUUAACGUCCUGGGUUGCAACAACCUAACUUUUCAAUCUGUUCAUGUUACUGCACCCGCUGAGAGCCUCAACACAGACGGAAUCCACAUUGGAAGAUCUUGUGGAGUUAACAUAAUAGACACAAUAAUCCACACCGGUGAUGAUUGUGUCUCCAUUGGCGAUGGUGCCAAAAAUGUAUCAGUCACCAAUGUAGAAUGCGGACCUGGUCAUGGUAUCGCUAUUGGAAGCUUAGGAAAGUUCGAGAAUGAAGAACCAGUGUUAGGAAUCACUAUCAAGAAUUGCACUUUAAAUAAUACUGACAAUGGAGUUAGAAUAAAAACUUGGCCAGCUUCUACUGACAACACUGCAUCUAGUAUUCAUUUUGAGGGCAUUAACAUGAAUAAUGUCAGCAACCCUAUCCUCAUAGAUCAAGUAUAUUGUCCAUGGAAUCGAUGCAAUGCAAAGGUUCCAUCGCGUGUUAAGCUCAGUGACAUUAGCUUCAAGAAUAUUAAGGGCACUUCGUCAACUCCCCUUCUCAUGAAGCUUGUCUGUAGCAGUGGUAUACCAUGUGAGGCGGUGGAGGUUGCUGAUAUUGAUAUUAAAUACACAGGAGUUGGACCAACACAAGCUCAAUGCACUAACGUCAAGCCCACCAUUUCUGGUGUGAUGAGCCUGCCUGAAUGCACUGAAGCAGUAGCACCCACAGCAGCAGUAGCAGCAGGACCCGCAGCCUAAUUUCACUUCAAAUAUUUAUGGAUUAUAUUAAUUAUUCUACAACUUUGUUCUUAUUCAUCUAUUCACGAGUAGAUGGAAUGAUGUAUUUAAUAAAUUUUGCGGUAAUAAAAUAAAUUCUUUUAUUUGUUUAAAAA